AUGCUUUUCUCACCGGCCCGCGGUCUCAUCCUUCUGUUCCUCUUUGACUUCACUGAUGCAGGGCGUAUUUUUUGGAAAAUCAAGGAGCGUGUGCGUAACCUGCAGCUGCAGAAAGCCAAGCAGCAUCUCCAGAUGCACACGCUCAGAGGUCAGCAGCUUUUGCAACAUGUAAAGGAAGGCAGGGUUCACCAGCAGCUGGACCAUUUCAACAGACAAGACAUGAGCAGCUUCCCUCAGAGGUUCUUUGUGAACGAGGCGUACUGGCAGCGUCCGGAUGGUCCAGUGUUCCUCUUUGUUGGAGGAGAAGGGCCCAUCUUUGAGUUUGAUGUGCUGGCAGGUCACCAUGUUGACAUGGCUAAAGAGCAUGGGGCUCUGCUAUUGGCUGUCGAGCAUCGUUUCUAUGGCGACAGCAUCAACCCUGACGGCCUCAAAACGGAGAACCUGGCAGACCUGAGCAGCCAGCAGGCGCUGGCUGACUUGGCUGUGUUCCACCAGUACAUCAGUCACAGCUUCAACCUGAGCCACAGGAACACCUGGAUCAGCUUCGGAGGCUCGUACUCUGGAGCUCUGUCCGCCUGGUUCAGAGGAAAGUUUCCCCACCUGGUGUAUGGAGCUGUGGCCUCCUCUGCUCCUGUCAAGGCAACGUUGGAUUUCUCUGCCUACAGCAAUACUGUUGGCUCGAGUCUCCGGAAUGAAGCCGUUGGAGGCUCACCAAAGUGUCUGGCGGCUGUGCAGGAAGCCUUUGCUGCUGUGGAAGCACUGAUGAGCAGGAACGGCAGCCAGGUGGCCGAGGAUUUUGGCUGCUGUCAGAUCCCCAAAGAUGCUGAUGAUCAGAUUGAGCUGAUGCAAAACCUGGCCGACAUCUUCAUGGGAUCGGUGCAGUACAAUGAAGAAGGAGUGCUCAUGUCCAUUAAUGAUCUCUGUGGUCUGAUGACCAAUAAGAGCGAGGAGACGGAGGCUUAUAACCGCCUGGUUAAACUCUCUCAGAUCUACCAUUCCACCAGUGAGGAACCAUGUUUGGACAUCUCCCAUGAGAAAACAGUGAAGGAUCUGAUGGACACGUCCCUGCACUCAGGCAGGAGAGCAGAGAGACAGUGGACCUACCAGACCUGCACUGAGUUUGGCUUCUACCAGACUUGUGAGGACACCUCUUGUCCUUUCUCUGGGAGGGUGACCCUGCAGAUCCACACUGAACUCUGUCUCAUGCUGUUUGGCAUUUCCCAGCAUUCUCUGCCUGGACGCGUCGCCUUCACCAACUCUUACUACGGAGGAGACGACCCAGAGACACACAGGGUUCUGUAUGUCAACGGUGGAGUUGACCCAUGGAAGGAGCUGUCGGUGGUUCAGGACGGGACGGAGGACGGAGAAGAUGCCCGGGUCGUUUUCAUUAAGGACACUGCUCACUGUGCUGACAUGAUGAGGAGAAGAGUCACAGACCGCUGCUCGCUGAAGAAAGCCAGAGAGGAGAUUGAGGAACAUGUGUCCAGGUGGCUGAAGACGGGCGUCCAGGAGAAGACUGAGAACAGGAUAGCCAACCAAUCACGGCCCUCCGACAGCUGGGGCAUGAAAAAUGUUGCCCGGGUGGAUGGAGGGGAGGUUGUGGAAGGAGGUGGCGGGGUCGGGAGGGAGAUGAGGAGGUGGAGGAGGGAGAUGGGGAUGCAAGGAGGAGGCGGAGGGAGGGGUGGAGGGAAACCAGCGCCCUGCGGAGUUAAAAGCCCCCUGGCUGCAGGGACGGUGCGGGGCCCUCUCACAGGCCGCCCCACGGUCAAACUCCAUGCCGCCCACGGAGACGCCUACCCCGGCCCGAUGUUCCCCGCCACGCCGCUGCUGAUUGAAGUGCAGCCGCCUCCUGUCGCCGUACGCUGCGCGGACAGCGAGCACAAGGAGCCAGAAGACCAGGAAGGGGGGACGCUUUUCUUGUCUGCGCCUCCUCACACCGAGCACCGAGCAUCACCGACGAGCUGCGAGCUGCGAGCCGGAGCGAGAGGCGCACCAGGCGGAGGCGAGGCGCUGCAGGACACCGCUGACUCCUCCGGACCCACAGCGGGCACGGCCCCGACCAGGACCGGAUAUUUACGUCUCGGUGGGACAUUUUAA